GGCAUCCUCAGACAGGUGGAGGAGACGUCCUCGCGCGGCCGAACGGCACCGAGCUUGGACCGGAGGACUGGGCUGGGCUGCGGGACGAGCGGCGGUGGUCUCUGCGCUCGCUGGGACGGUGCACGGACCCCCCACCCCUCCAUCCUCCGCCCCACCACCACCACGCACUCCCCACCCCUGCAGCUGCUGGAUCCUGGAGCCAUAAAAAAACAUGAUGGUCGGGCUGAUUUCACCCACCCCGAGCUCUCGCGCACAUGCUCCUUGACRCUUCGGGGUGGACACGGGGGAUGACGAUGGGAUGUAGCCGCCAUGGAUAAAUGAAGUUCAUGUUUUACCACCACCCACCUCCCCUUUCCUCCCYGGAAAAUUGAACCUUCUUUUAGUCCACACUGCGUGCUUCGUGCGCGCGGCUCGGUUCGGAGGAGGGGGCCAUGGAGAACCCGGCGGCGCUCGAGCCGCAGAGCUACGAGGACGUCCAGAAGAGCGGCUACCUCCGCAAGCACAAAUCCAUGCACCGGCGCUUCUUCGUGCUGCGCGCGGCCUCGGAGCACGGUCCCGCGCGGCUCGAGUACUACGAGAACGAGAAGAAAUUCCGCAGCAAGUCGCCCGUGCCCAAGAAGGUCCUGAGCCUGGAGACGUGCUUCAACAUCAACAAGCGGGCGGACUCCAAGAACAAGCACAUGAUAGUCCUCUACACCCGCAGCGAGAGCUUCGCCGUGGCCGCGGACAGCGAGGAGGUCCAGAACGAGUGGUACCAAGCCAUGCUGGACCUCCAGUCCAACUGUAAAACUCCUGAGGACUAUGGCAGCAGUGGAGAGUGUAGUUCUCCAUCUCCYAUCCCAACCUUUAAGGAAGUUUGGCAGGUCAAGGUUUGGCCUAAAGGUCUUGGCCAUGCCAGGAACUUAGUGGGGAUAUACCGGCUCUGUCUAACUGACAAGACAGUCAACUUUGUCAAACUCAACUCUGAUGUGGCCGCCGUGGUGUUGCAGCUGAUGAACGUUCGCAGGUGUGGCCACUCUGAGAAUUUUUUCUUCAUCGAGGUGGGGCGCUCGGCAAUCACCGGCCCCGGAGAGUUCUGGAUGCAAGUGGACGACUCGGUGGUGGCGCAAAACAUGCACGAAACCCUUCUGGAGGCCAUGAAGGCCUUGAGCGAGGAAUUCCGUCAGCGCAGCAAGUCUCAGUCUGUGGGGACGUCGUGUGGUGGCGGUACGGCUUCCAAUCCCAUCAGCGUCCCGAGUCGGCGGCAUCACUCAAAUCUGCCGCCGAGCCAGGUGGGCUUUUSCAGGCGGGCGCGGACUGAAACCCCAGGAACGGGAGGCAGCAGCACCAGCACAUCGCCUACAUCACGCCACGGGUUCCCAAGGGCACGGACAGCAAGCAUCGGAGCCAGGUCGGAGGAAGGAGGCGCCAGCGCCAGGGGAACGUGGGCCAGCUCCAGCCCAAGUCUGAAUGGAUCCUGCUCAACGACUCCAACGCUGAGACCCAAGCCAACUCGGGCUCCGACCCCGGCUAAGAUUACACUGAGCCUUUCACGCUACACGCCUAACCCUGCUCCCUCUCCCGCACCAAGUCUAUCCUCCAGCUCCGGUCAUGGAUCUGAGUGUGGCCUGGUGGGGGCGGUCGUCGGAGGCAUGUCUGUGUGCUCCUACGCCCGUGUUUCCCAGAGAGUUUCUGUUUCAGGUUCACCGAGUGACUACGGAUCCUCGGACGAGUACGGCUCCAGUCCCGGGGAGCACUCCCUGCUCAUACCCAGUCUGUCGGGACAUCACACCCACAGAGAGGGCUCCUCCAGCUACAUUGUGAUGGGGCAGCGAGAGGGAGUGUUUGGUUCUCACCGUCACUCCAAAGGCCGGCGGAUCCUGCGGCGCUCGUCUAGCCGUGAAACCGAGGCGGAGCGCCAASUGCUGAGCAAGAGGGCGUCCCUGCCUCUGGCAUCCCACGAAAGAUUCACCCCACGUAAGAAAGAUGAAGAAGAUGAGGAUGAUGAGGAGUAUGCCAUCAUGUCGCAGAGUGCUAAUAGGGAGAGGGCUGAUUUGCACCGUGGCUCAGGGAAUCCUUCCGGUAAUGGUGGUCAGCAGGACGUAGUCGUAAAAAACAGGAAGAGGGCCGACAAAAGUAGAGGAGAGAGAGACGCAGGUGGAGCUCUGGACAGYGGCUACAUGUCAAUGUUGCCUGGAGUCACAUCUCCUCCUGUUUCCCUCUCUCUGUCUAUAGGUAUGUAUGAUGCCAGCGCCAAACCCGGUGUAGACGACGAGUACAUGGCCAUGACCCCCAACAGCAGUGUGUCCCCUCCUCAGCACAUGCGCCAGCCCAGCUCAGAGGGCUACAUGGUCAUGUCUCCGAACAGCAGCAGCUCUACAGACUUGCACGGCCUGGGCAUGUGGGAGAGCAGGGCCAGCAUGGAGAGCCGGGCUGCCAGCGAUUACAUGAACAUCUCACCGGUCAGCAGCCGCUCCGCCUGCAGCACGCCGCCAUCCCACCCYGAGCAGCACCAACUCCAACCAAAAAUGUUCAACUCGUACUUCUCCCUGCCACGAGCUUAUCAGCACACCCUCUACACCCGCUUCGAGGAGGACUUGGACAAGGCAGAGGAAACAAAGGACGGCAGCGGGCAUGAAGGCGCUGGAAGGGGAGGGAGAGUGGGGUACAGCAAGAGGAACAAAACUGCGGUGGGCUCUGCGGGCGGCUGCCAACUCUCCAUGUCUUCCUCUUCUUUCUCCUCCAGCUCYGCCAGCAGCGAAAGCCUCGAAGACAAGUCUCUGUCAGCAGGGAGAGGGUUAAGUUUAUUAAGGACUGGAACAGAMUACAUGAGUGCAGGAGUGUGCACAAAAGAGGGACGUCACCACCAAAAACGUGGAUCAAGUAGUAAGAGCCCAAAGCAGCACAGGAGGGGGCGUCCCCUGAGCGCAUCUUCAGACAUCACUAAAGCUAAUACCCUACCCAGGGUGAAGGAGAACCUCCCACCGUCGGCAUCUCAGGGUGUYGAUGAGUACGUAAGCAUUGUCUUUAAGGAAGAUGAUAAAUACGAGUCAGAAAGGUCUCAACAYGGACAACCUGUUAUCCACGCAACCCUACGUCCCUCAAAUAAACCACUCCUCUGUCACGACAAUCCUGCUAACCUUCCCCGCAGUUUCUCUGCGCCACUUUCCACCUCUGCCGAGUACGUCAACAUGGACUUAGGGAAAUCCUCGACACCCCUGACUCACGUUCGAUCCACCUUCAGCACCCUUCAGGGCUCACCAGCCAUUGCCCCCAAGGCCAGACACGAACACAGCACGUCCUCCCCUCUGGCGGUGGACUUAAACGUGGGGUAUAGGACGAAAAUCAAGCUGCCAGCAGACGUCUCCGCUCCAUUUAUUGACAGCAAAGGAUCAGUCCCCAGCAUUCCAGCAAGACCUGCCAUCCACCCUGGUCCACCCUUACCUGCAGAGCAGGAGAAAAGUUCGGGUUCUUCCCCUGUCAAGUCCUUCCAGUCUCCUGACCGGAGCAGCAGACUGGUCCGAGGCGACCAGCAGGGACACUUGAGCCACCGCUCAGAGACAUUUCACUCACUGCCAUCUCUACCACAAUAUGCAUCACCUUCUACCUCCCUGUUCCCAGAUGGCAGCCAGGCAGCGAGCCAUCGGCAGGGUUUGGACUGCUCACUGUGGGAGAGUGGGCAGGCUGCUGGUUUGUCUGCCACACCUCCACCCCAAGCCUCCGCCUCAUCCACUGAACAAGGCCUUAACUAUAUAGACCUUGACCUAGCCAUGAAGGAGGGCCCUCAAGCUGGAGGGGAGCACACCUCUCCGGUCUACGGAGCUGGAGGAAGCUCUCUGGGGAGCGGUGCUGGCUCUGUACCCAACACUUACGCCAGUAUUGAUUUCUACAAGUCGGAGGAGCUUAGAACAAACCAGAACAGUAGAAAAAAUGGUCAAGACUGUUGAUCUUCGUCCCCGGUGCGCGAGCGUGACGAUGGUGAGACGGCUCGACCCGCGUUAGGGACGUCCAGCAGCCCGAUCUGUUGAACACCGGAGCCGGAAACCCCUGGAAGUCUCAUCCCCAUCCUGUCUGCUGUUUUCUGUCAACCAAAUGUGUGCCAAACACACACACACAUACACACACACAGACACAAACACACAAAACAUAAGGUAAAAAUUUUGUUCCUGUACCUUGUUUGACUAAAAAUGACAUUUGAUUUUUGUUUACCUCUGUACAGCCGAGGCAUGACUUCAGACACACUGUGUUUGAUUGCUGCUCCUCUCUGAAACAUCCUCAGCACGUCUAUUUUAAUACAACUUUCAGGGAAUGGCAMAAAAGGCAAAAAAUACAUCUGUGAAUCUUAAGUUAUCCUGCGAGUGAGCCAGUUUGUUGACAUUUGGUGAGGAGGGUGAAACAGGAAAUGGCAGCUGCUCUAGWGACAAAAUUUCAGCCAAAUUUAGGGAGUUAGUGUUUUUAUUCUGGUAUUUAUUGCCUUUUAUGUCUCCUCCUCCUUUGUACGCAAAUUAAAUGAUCAUCAGGUGUCAUUUUGACUUAAACUACGAAAAGUACAAGUUGACAGAUUUUAUACACACUAUCCCACUGUAAACAGUUUUAAAUUCCUAUAUAUAUAUAGAAAGUUGCACAAAAAAACAUUUCUACUUCUUGGCUACUGUUCUUGUGUUACUCACAUGAAUUUCCAAACAUUUAUGACAUCUUUUUUUUGUAGCUGGAACAAUUUCCAACAGUCAUCACUGAAGGAGAGGAUGAAUUAUACUAAUUAUACUAUAAGGCAACAGUGCAGAAAAUAGUCCCUUUUCCUCUGUUUUCACUAUCAAGAUACAAAUACCAGCAGUUCCAAGUGGAACAAUAAAUGUCGUAACAAACCACUGGGCUUUGAGACAUGAACACUUUGAGGUCUGACAUUUAUUUAAAUAAAUAUGGGUGGGGCUCUUUCGUCACGUUACAAUGUUAUGUUUCCUAUUGCAGCAAUGUGAUUCCAAAAAGUGAUUAUCAAUACAUUUAGAUUAACUGGAACCUUAGGUGACUAUGGCUAAUUUUGCAUAAAUAAGAAUUAGCAUAGAUGCUGUUUUAGUAAUGCAAAUAGCAUAGAAAUGCUACCACAAUUAGCAUUGGAUUUAUAAUUGAAAAUUAUACACAAAUCAAAUAUCAUUAUGUUACAAUUUUAGCAUUUUUUACAGCCAUAUUGACUUAUCAAAAUCAAUUUCUGACAUUUUUCAAACACUGAAUCUUCUAUGUACACAAUGCAAUGUAUCUAAGAAAAGGUUUUACCUCCAUCCCUAAAUAUGGCAAUAUUUUUCUCUAAAUGUAGUCUUUAAUCAUCAUUUAAAUGCAACCAACCCAGAGACAUGCUCUUGGAUUAGCAGCAUAGUUUGUGGCACACAUCUCCCUUUGCUAGUGUUUUCAGAGUGAGUCAGACCAAAUCAAAUAAAAUUUGUUUUGUYUUUAAUAAGCACUCCUAAAAGCUGAACCAUCCUUGUUGCUGCCAGUGGGCACAGCUAACUAAAAGUAUAGCUUUGUUAAUGUAAAGCCACUAUACUUGUAAAGAAAUUAGUCAAAGCUUGUUGUUUAGCUGUUAGCGGACUUAAAGUUGGCAAAAYUUAAUUUAGCUGAAGCUAAUUGAUCCGCUAACCGUUUUCAAAGUUAGUGAAAAAGCCAAUCCACUAAACAAAAAAAAGUUUCGUUGUUAUUUGUUAUCUGAUUAGCAGAACCAUGCCCACCGCUGGUUGAUAUAGUUAUGGAAUAAUUAAGAGAAAUUAUAAUAUUUAGCUUUUCUGUGUGUAAAUGUCCUCACGUUGAUCUGCUGAGAACUUUGCAGCCAAACUAAACAUAUUUUGUUCCAGCGUUUUUGUGAUAUUUUAACACAGUUCUCCAAAAUAAAAUCUUACCUCACAAAGUGAAACAAGCCCAAACAACCCACCUAUUAUGUUAAACAGAGUGAGAGCUGCAUUAUUCUCCACUUCCAGAUUCUGGCAUAAUAACAGUAUAUGAGAUAAUUCUGACGCAUAACGGAUGUGUGAGUCAAAAAGCCUGGCCCAUUAGGAGAGAAUACAAAAAGGAAACAAAACAAUAAUUUGUGUGUUUUAAGAGUUUGUAACAAUUAAACAAAUGAGUAACACAAAAUCAUUAGGAAAAUGUGUAAAUGCUUAUUUUGUGCAUCUGAGUUUUUUCUAUUCCUACUGUAYAUUACACUAUGGUAUCUACUAUAGUAAUGCAAGUAGAAUGACAGAAACUAUAGUAURUACUGUGGUUAGUUCUCCUCAUUCACUUAACAGUUUUAUUAUAAAGUGACACAUUACAAUGGUAUAUAAAAUAUACAGUAUACAAAUGAUGAUUAAUACUAUAUAGCCUAGAUAUCUAUAUACUCUUUUAUAAAGUGCCUCAUUUUUGAUUGUAGCUGUUUUUACACAGGUGAUCCUAAAAUGGGUUGUGAAAAUGGGGUAAAAAAUAAUAAUAUUAAUAAUGAUGAUGAUAAAAAAGCUGUUUCUUUUUCUAAAUUUGUGCAAACUUUGAGCCGCAGAGGACCGAGCAGAAAAUGAACAUUGCUGCCAUUAACCAGUCAAUCAGAUUGCCUUAUCAGAGACAAGAAAAAAAAAUGUUUGAGUUUUAUUUGCAGUGCCUAACACUUGAGCCACAUUGUAAGCACAUGCAUUUGUUUGUUUUUGGCUUUGUCAAGAAAAAGAAAGAAAAAAAUAGGGUUAUCGUUUACAUUUUUUUUCUUCGAUUAUUUGUUGGUGUGUGAUCCGACUUUCCCUUCUCUAUUUAACUUGUUCRCCAUGUCUGAUGGUCACGGGUGCAACAGGUGGCCUAAAAAACAAACUUGUAUAAUUCUAAAGUGUGUAGACUUUCAUGUUGAGUCCUAUUUAUAUCUACUUUAACUUCCCCUCAUUCUGCAACUACUUUUGUAUAUAUAAAAAUAAGUUAACUCUGUAACGGUGUUAAUUCAUUUUUACUUUUUAGAUUAUUUUUAAUCUCAAAUGAAGGAAGAUGGUGGCAAACAGCUGAUCUAAACAAACUUUAAUGUUUGAAAUCAUGAACCAUGCUGUUUUCUAAAAAAAUAUUAUUUUAGCCCUUGGGACCMGGUCUUCACAUCCAUUACCUCUUCAUUAUUUUCCAUUAUUUAUCAGCCAUGGUUCCAAUCUUGUAAAGUGGGGUUCUGUGGACAGGUUAUGAAUACUUGUUGUAUAUAGCUCCUUGUAUGACCUAAGUUUGGAGAAAUAGAGUUUAAAAUCUUUUACAUAAACCCCAAAAAAGGUCACCUCAUAGCACAAAAAGUAAUAGAUUUGUGUUUGUUCCAUUAAUUCUUUGCUGUGCAAUUAUUUUUAAAAUAAACUUCAGCCUAGGCAUGUCCCAAUACCGGUUUUUCUAAAACCGAGUAUGAGUAAAUACAGUAAAACCCCUAUUUUCACAGGGUAUAGUAUAGUAUUAGAGUAUCUUAUUAGAGUACCAGUACUAGUAUACUUGUCAGUCAGAUCAGAAUUAAACUCUAUUUAUUCAACCUGAGUUUGUUCACAGAGCAAUCCUACCUUCAACAGGUAGGACACUAACUGUUUGUAACCUUUCCACUUAAUCCUACCACAGCCAAAAUUUUAAUUUAAUAAUUAGAACACUURAAUUUGACUCAGAAAGUUCCACUUUUUUCACUUAACAACCACAUAACCAAAAUAAAACUUAUUAAAUUUGGAAUGAAACCAAACGUUCUUCCUUUUUAAAAAAUUCAAACUAAAAAUAUGUAUUUUUUAAUGGUUGUGCUUUGACUGRUGGUAGAUCUGGCCUCAUUGUGACAUUGCUGAGACUGUACAAUAAUUUACAACGUGUCGGUUGCAGAUAUAUAAAGUAAAACCUGUUUACUGUAUUUUUGUAGAUGCAAUGUGGAACCAAACUGCGUGCAGGGCUCUGGCUGUCUGUAUACAGGGUAAAAAAYAACAAAAUAAAAGGCUUUUCUGUU